ACUUUCUGCCUCUUUUCACAGGAUAAUAUCAAUGUUUUUUUGAAAGCUUGUGAGCAGAUUGGAUUGAAAGAAGCUCAGCUUUUCCAUCCUGGGGAUCUACAAGAUUUAUCCAAUCGAGUUACUGUCAAGCAAGAAGAGACUGAUAGAAGAGUGAAAAAUGUUUUGAUAACAUUGUACUGGCUGGGAAGAAAAGCGCAAAGUAACCCCUACUAUAGUGGUCCCUAUCUUAAUUUGAAAGCAUUUGAGAAUUUUUUAGGACAAGCUCUGACUAAGGUCCUUGAAGAUUCCAGCAGUCUGAAAAGAAGUGGCAGGGACAGUGGCUACGGUGACAGCUGGGGUACAGAACGUGGAGAACUGCCCCCUCCUUCAGGCAACCACAAGAGAGAAGACUCCUUUGAGAGCUUGGACUCUCUCGGAUCUAGAUCAUUCACAAGCUGCUCCUCAGACGUCACCCUGAAAGGGGGCCGCGAAGGUUGUGAAAGUGACACAGAUUCUGAAUUUACAUUCAAGAUGCAGGAUUAUAAUAAAGAUGAUAUGUCAUAUCGAAGGACUUCAGCUAUCGAACCAAAGUCUGCUUUACCAUUCAAUCGUUUUUUACCCAACAAAAGUAGACAACCAUCAUAUGUGCCGGCACCCUUGAGGAAGAAAAGACCGGACAAGAAUGAGGAUAACAGAAGAAGUUGGGCAAGCCCAGUCUAUACAGAAGCAGAUGGAACAUUUUCAAGUAACCAGAGGAGGACUUGGGGCACAAACAUGGAAAGCUGGUCAACAGUACAAGAAACUUCAAGUUCCUUUUGUUAUUUGGAAGAGGAAGAAGAAAAGUCAACAAACAUACCCAACAUUGUAAAGGAUGAUCUUUAUGUACGAAAGCUAAGUCCUAUCAUGCCAAACCCAGGAAAUACUUUUGAUCAGUUUCUUCCCAAAUAUUCAACCCCAGAGGAUGUGACCUGGAAAAGAACAAAAAGGGAAACUUAUAAACCAUGGUAUAAGGAAUUUCAGGGAUUCAGUCAGUUUUUAUUACUUCAGGCCCUUCAGACAUACUCUGAUGACAUCUUAUCCUCUGAAACAAAUAUCAAAAUUGAUCCCACUUCUGGUCCAAGACUCAUAACACGCAGAAAGCAUCUCUCUUACGCACCAGGUUACGGAAGAGGUGGCCUCGACCUGUCGGCCCUGGAUCCUGACUUAGAAAAUGAUGAUUUCUUUGUCAGGAGAACUAGGGCUUUCCAUGCAAAUCCAUGCGUUCUCCAGGCCUUUGAAGAUUUUAGAAGGUUCUCUGAGCAAGAUGAUCCAGUAGAGCGAGAUAUAAUUUUGCAAUGCAGAGAAGGUGAACCAGUACUUCCAGAUUUAGAGAAAGAUGAUAUGAUUGUUCGCCGAAUUCCAACGCAGAAGAAAGAGGUGCCUCUGUCAGGAGCCCCAGAUCGAUACCAGCCAGUACCUUUCCCAGAGCCCUGGACUCUUCCUCCAGAAAUCCAAGCAAAAUUUCUCUGUGCAUUUGAAAGGAAAUGCCCAUCAAAAGAAAAAAGUAAUAGCUGUAGAGUGUUAGUUCCUACGUAUCAACAAAAUAAAGAUGACAUGUUGACCCGUAAGAUCCAGUCUUGGAAAUUGGGAACUGCCGUGCCUCCCCUCAGCUUCAUCCCUGGUCCUUGCAGUGAAGUGGACUUGAAGAAGUGGGAGGCCAUCCGUGAAGCCAGCAGAGUUAGGCACAAGAAACGGCUGCUGGUGGAGAGACUCUUUCAAAAGAUUUAUGGUGAGAACGGGAGUAAGUCAGUGAGUGAUGUGAAUGCAGAGGAAGUUCAAAACUUGCGUCAGCUGCAUUACGAGGAGAUGCAGAAAAUAAGAUCACAAUUAAAAGAGCAAGAUCAGAAGUGGCAGGAUGACCUUGCAAAAUGGAAGGAUCGUCGAAAAAGCUACACUUCAGAUCUGCAGAAGAAAAAAGAGGAGCGGGAAGAAAUUGAAAAGCAGGCUCUUGAGAAGUCUGAGAGAAGCUCUAAGACAUUUAAGGAGAUGCUGCAGGACAGGGAGUACCAGGAUCAAAUAUCUACCAGUGAUCAGAGAAAAAUUACACCCAGAAGGAGACUGUAUUCUUCUGAUGAUAUAUUGAAUGAAGAAAAGCUGUCCCCUACACUGCCUCUGUCAGAAGCAAGUCCCCAGAGUGAGAGAGUGGAAGAGAAGGCAACAACUUACCCUGCAGAAAUUUCUAAAGAAUAUUCUACAACCUUGGCAAAAAGAGAGGACUCUACAACAGCUCAAAUUCAGUUGCCUUCCAAGAGCCCAGCAGAAGACCAAGGCCCAGCCUCUUUGUCUUCUCAGCAGUUUCUGAAUACGCAAAUGGAGUUGACUCGGGUUUCAGCUUCUCUCCCUAGAAGUUACCAGAAAACUGAUACAGCUAGGUUAACAUCUGUGGUCACAGCAAGACCUUUUGGCUCUCAGUCAAGGGGAAUCUCACCACUGCCCCGAUCCUACACGAUGGAUGGUUCUUGGAAGUACAAUGGAGAUGCAGGUAGCAGUAAGAGAACCCAAGACACUCCUCAAAAACCAGAUGCCAGCCAGCUACCUUCCAGCUUGUCGAAUGAGAAGGACGAAGCUGUGAGAGAAGAGAUGAGAAGUGCCCCCUCUCCUACACCGUCCUUCUCUGUUGUCUCCCAGGAUCAGACUGCCACUUCUAAAGCUGAAUCAUCUUCAACAUCCGGCCUCGAUUUAAGGUCUGAAUCUGGAGAAGGGAGACACUCGCCACAAGUAGAAAUAUCAAGAGUGCAGGAUCAGUUCAGUGAUAUGCGAAUCAACAUAAACCAGGCGCCUGGGAACAGUCUGGACUUCGGGUUUACAGUAAAAUGGGAUUUUUCUGGGAUCUUCGUAGCAUCGGUUGAAGCAGGUAGUCCAGCAGAGUUCUCUCAGCUCCAGGUAGAUGAUGAAAUUAUUGCUAUUAACAACACCAAGUUUGCAUAUAAAGACACAAAAGAGUGGGAGGAAGCCAUGGCUCAUGCUCAAGAAACUGGAAACUUAGUAAUGGAUGUCAGGCGUUACGGAAAGUCUGGUUCACCUGAAACAAAGUGGAUUGAUGCAACUUCUGGAAUUUACAACUCAGAGAAAUCUUCGAGUCUGUCCAUAACGACUGAUUUCUCCGAAAGCCUCCAAAAUUCUAAUACUGAAUCUAAAGAAAUCAAUGGAAUUCAUGAUGAAAGCAAUACUUUUGAAUCAAAAGAAUCUGAACCUAUUUCUUUGAAAAACUUAAAAAGGCGAUCACAAUUUUUUGAACAAGGAAGUACGGAUUCUGUGGUUCCUGAUCUUCCAGUUCCUACCAUCAGUGCCCCGAGUCGCUGGGCAUGGGAUCCAGAGGAGGAGCGGAAGCGGCAGGAGAGAUGGCAAAAGGAACAGGACCGUCUACUGCAGGAAAAGUAUCAACGUGAACAGGAGAAACUGAGAGAAGAGUGGCAAAGGGCUAAGCAAGAGGCUGAGAGAGAAAACUCCAAGUACUUGAAUGAGGAACUGAUGGUCCUAAACUCAGACAGCAUUUCUCUAACCAUGCGGGAGCCCACCGUUGCCACCUGGGGUGAAGGGUCUAAGUCUUCUGACACAGAGGGAACCCGAGCAGGGGAGGAGGAGAGGAGACUUCAGCAAGAGGAAGAUAUUAUCGACGACCAAAGGAGGAAGCUGAAGGAACAGCUCAUUCUUGAAAAUGAAUGGAAGCUGGAGGAGCAACAAAAUCAGGAGCAGGAGCACAAACGUCUCCAGGCCGAGUUCGAGGAGCAGAAACGGCGUGGAGAAGAACUGAAGCACCAGGCAGAACGAGAGAGGGAGACUUCAGUAAAAAUAUACCAGUAUAGAAGGCCUGUCGAUUCCUACGAUAUACCAAUACAAGGAGAAGACUCUUCAGGUUUGCUUCCUAGUGACAGGAGUAAAUCCAGAUCCACUACUGAACUGGAUGGUUACCCUACAAAUAAAAAUGGAGGCAAUAAGUAUUUGGACCGGAUUGGGAGCAGCAGCACUUCACAGAGGAGCUCCAAGAAGGAACAAGUCCCAUCAGAAGCAGAGUUGGAGAGACAACAAAUCCUUCAGGAAAUGCGGAAGAGAACAUCUCUUCACAAUGACAACAGUUGGAUCCGACAGCGCAGCUCCAGUGUAAAUAAAGAGCCUAUUAGUUUGCCUGGAGUGAUGAGAAGAGGUGAAUCUCUAGAUAACCUGGAUUCUCCAAGAUCAAGUUCUUGGAGACGGUCCCCUUGGCUCAAUCAGCCUACAGGAUUCUAUGCAUCUUCCUCUGAGCAAGACUUCAGUCGCCCACCACCGCAGCUGGUGUCCACAUCAAAUCGUGCUUACAUGCGAAACCCAGCCUCUAGUUUACCACCUCCUUCAGCUAGUUCCGUGACGCCUGUGGCCACAGGUGUGUCCACUGCCCCUGUCCCCACACCACGCAGCCAUUCACCUGCCACCUCACAGUCGGGGUCGCAGCUACGGAACAGUGCGUGGCCUGUCAGUGUGACCUCGGGGGCUCUGCUUCAGGAGCUGAAGUCAGAAUCAGAAACAGCCAGCUGUACUGCAACGACUGCUAUCUCAGAUUCAAAUCUGGACAGCCAACCGCCAUGUGAUGUAAACCUCCAUACGAAAGCACUGUUGCAGAUAGAAGAAGAGGUGGUUGCUGCUGAUGUAGAUCUAUAA